GUCCCAGCUGGACGUCACAGCCUUUCGGACUCCCGCACAUUACACAGCUCCGCAGCUAACUUCGCAAACCCUUCUAAGCCAGCAGCAAGCCUGCUGUGCACCGUUCGUCAGCCUCAACUCUCCUUCGUCCCCUGGAGCCCACGUUCCUCUCCCCAGGGCCUGAUCUCGCCGCUGUCCUUCUUUCUCUGUACCCCGCUAGACAGCUCCAGCUCGAGCACCCCGCCUGGUGCUGCAUCGCCAGAAGCAGCUCCUCGAUCUUACGACGAACCCAUGGAAGACAUAUCCCAGGCCACUCGGAAACGUCCUCGUCUCGACAGCGGCAGUGCCUCCCGCGAGGUCAUGUCGGCUGAAGAGUCGCCUGCCCGUGACUCCGCGUCGCCGACCGCGAACAACCCCGACAAGGCUGACGAAGCUCCGGCCUCGCGUCGUCCGGCCAGCAGAGUCACGAUCAACGUGAAAUCGCCCACACGCCGAAUCAUGACAAUGGAUGGAGCGGUGGAUGAUCCUGAAGAACCGCCAUCCCAGGAGGAUGGGGUCAAGUCCAACACCACUCCGACGAACAGCGGCCAUCCGGAAAACACCGCUAUGACGGGAGCGCAGUCAUCCGCCGCCAUCUCCAUCUCCUCGUCCCCCGUUCGGAGUCCCGAGAUUGAGGUAGCCGAGGUGGAGGACAUGGAUCAAGAUCCCAAUACGUCCAAUUGGAGACCAUUGGGAGAGGCCCUCCGGGACCAGACCGCGGCCGAAGAAGUUGUGCAACUCCACGAGCAAAUGUCAUUGACUGACUCGUUUCCCAAAUUCCGGGGCAAUCUCGACCUGAGAGAAUCAGUGGAGGAGAUUGUGAACAUGAUCGAGAAAGGGCACCCCCAUGACGUGACGGUUUUUCUCGCCGUAAAGAGCUGGUUCGAUAUCUGCGCGAAUAACCUGGGUCAGAUUACCUAUGAAACUUUUGUCGAUGACCGGGAAUUCUGGGAGGAGUUACCAACCAUAGUGGAGGGGCUACUGCGCAGAGUGAUCAAUUUCCAGCCCAAUGAGGGACGUGGCACAUGGAGUUGUUUGGAAGAGUUCUUCAUCGACUUCGCUCAGCUCGCCCUUCACCUGCUCCGAUUAGACACCCUUGCCCUAAGGCAACUCGCCGAAGAGACGGAUGUCCAGGUUCCUGAAAUGAUUUCGCGAACUUAUCUACCAUCUCUCGGAUGGAUUUUGCAGAUAUCGAACAUACCGUUCUUUCGGACCAUGGAGAGGGUAAAUCACAUCGAACUCGCCAAUCUCGUUGCGCGGAUCAACGACCGGAUCGCCGUCUCGCCCAUCGACGCGUUGCAGCAUAUCUCAGACUUUGCCGCGUGGGCCUUUUCUCUGGUUUCCCGGUGGCCUCAUCUGGCACCGAUGCUCGUUUCAGCUCUGAAUGUCGCCCAGAAUAUGGUGGAAUCAGGUAGCGAGCGCAGAAAUCACGGCGCAGAUGACUAUCUCGUCGAUUCGCCCGUCCUCGCCAGAAUUAUCAAGAAUGGCUACACUCUCUUCAGAGCGGUGGAUGAGAAAUAUCAGAUGCAUAUCUCCAAGAAGUCUCCCUGGGUUACGUCCGAUAUCAGCGAGUCCCUCCUCCGCAAUAUCGGUAUCGUCUACCAGGCGUUCUGUUUCUUAGACCCCAGCUUUGUUCGCCGAGUUGCUCGAGAUGUGUCCGUUGAACUUCCGGAAGACACAAAGCCCGAUGAAUGCGUCCAGAUCAUUCACUUCGGUUGGAGGUUUGGCGUUUUGAAGCGACACAUCAUGGAAGGCCGCAUGGAGUUGAGGGUUUUUGGGAUGGAAACAAUGCAGUCUGAUCUCGUCGGCAUUUGGAGGCAGCACAUACAAGGGAACCCAGAGGGCAUCGACUAUCCGAUCAUUCAGUAUCUCGUCAAGUUUCUGCGAGAUAACCGGAUCGUCGAAUACAUCGUCGGUGUAGAUUCACACCCUCAGCUGAUCAGCCGCAGUGGAAAUAUCGUUGGUUUCUUGGUUGUCACGUCGACCUACACCGAUGCCGACACGGAUACGAUUUGGAAAGCUGUGAUAGAGAGCCAAGACCAAAGAACCGUCGGAGAAGUCCUCUCGAUGCUGACGCGUACAUUUAUCAUGCAUCCAGCCUCCUCGACCGCCCUUCUUUAUCUUUGCUCUAAGCUUCUCGAGCUUCCUCUGAGUCGCUUUGACUCCCGCAUGAUCGAAUUUUGUGAGCAACUCCUUCUUAACGUGCGUGAAAAGCAUGGCGAGAGGAGUCGGCACGAGCCUUUGGAUGUCUUGCAUGUGGACUCCAUCCCUUUGCGGCUCUGUGUGCGCUUGAUUCGCGAGUCCGCGGCGUGUGAUGAAUUCACCGUCGAACACAAGACUGCUUUGCAAAAGUUUGCAAGCGUGCAACUGAGUUCUUUUCUCAGCCUGGGAAUGAGCGAGGAGGACAAGUUAGAUGUCUACGAACGUUGUAUCCAGGAUAUCGCGGAGAUGAACCAGUUCGCUUCCGGUAGCAUCCAAGCGUUGAACGCCCUACUCCCAGCUCAUGACUCUCACGAGAUUCGAAAACUGACCUCCGACUUUGAUUUGACUCGACUGGUGAUCAUGGAGUUCUGCCAUGCCUGGGAGACCAACCAGUCGGAUUUCACCGAUCCCUUUUCGCAGAACGCGCUUCUAUCGCGUAUCGAGCUGCUAAACCGAAUCAUCGAUAAGGUGCCUGAGACAAUUACUCCUGAUCUGAGCGAUACCCUGUGGACUAGGGUCUUCAUGACUGGAAAUGUGGAUCAGGCCAGAGCUCCCUUAUGGGACAUGUUGUGCAGGGUGACGGGCCAGUGUGGCACGCCAAACCCGUUUAUCGAGCGUUGUCUCCACGAAUACCUGCCUUCUCUUUCGCCAGAGAACUACUCGCCGGAGAUUCUCGCUUUCGCCGAGCAGGCGGUUUCAUAUGAGAUCCGUUUCAACCCUCCGCCGAUCCCCGGUGAAAAUGAAAUUAUUUCAUUGCCUGGAAUGGACCGAAUCUGGCAUCUCAUUCUAACCGCCCCUGCCGGUACCAUCGAGAGCAAGGCCACCAGCUUUGCCAUUGAGAUGUAUCUGGAUCACACGUUGAUACGAAGAGCACCCCCGUCGGCGGCGGAGGCUACUCAUAUCUCUCUAGUCGACCGCUGCGUGGAGCAGAUCAGAUCUGCGGCCUCAAAGCUGAAGGUCUUUAAAGACAGUUCGACAAGCGGUGAGGACGAACCAAUGGUCCCUGUUGCUGAUGAACAUGAGAUUCGCGCCGAAGAACUGAGGUUCAGCCGGUCUUUGCUGUUUCUUCAUCAGCUACUUCAGGGUCUCAGGACUCGUCCUCAGUACAGUCCUCCUCAAGGCCAGGCCCCAGAUCUGCCCGAACGAGUCGGGAAGGGUGAUCCGAUUGAGAUUCCAUAUCAGUGUUUCAAUGGCGGAGCCCAAUCGAAGGUCCGCACCCUGAAGAUUGGUGACCUCUGCACCGCCUCCGAGCUGGUUGAUCGGCUUGUUCAUCUUACUGGUUUCAGCAAAUUCAGUACGAUCUACGGAGGACAGAAGAUCAACCUACUUGAGAACCCGGAUGCGACGUUGCGGGAGCUCAAGUUCCGAGCUGGUCUGCUGAUUAUUCGCAAAAUCAGCGAUGGCCCGGAAGUUUCCUCCACGGGCAGACGCCAGUCGCUCACCCUGGUUGACUCCGAGGUGCUAAAGCAUUUUGACGAUCUUUAUGAUUUGCUGAGUCUGGAAGAUAAAUUUGCUAAAGAGAUCUAUGACUUCCUCAGCGUAUUUCCGCCGCAAGAACGGGUGCGCAACUUGGUGAGAGCGGAGACCAAUACGGAACAAGAAAUGUUCCCUAUGGAAAAACCAUACAAGUUGUUGUACUCCGUUAAAGCACUCUCUACAUGCUUGAGAGAAGAAUCACUUGAGUCCGAGCCGAAUCAGGCUUUCAUCUCUCACAGCAUCCGGACUCUAGUUGCUGCUUUGACGCGGCCUGAAAUGGCGGAGUCUUUAACAGAGAACCCGAUGAAGCUCGUUUUUGCUUGUCAUCUCAUCGAGUGUCUCUUGUCAGCUCUCCCAGUGAGAUCUGGUGACUCCCUUGCUGCGCUACCAAACCCAGAGUCUCUGAUCCGGCAGUUGCUGAACUUUAUCGAGUCGGCCCGCAAUCUAACGACUUCCCAGCUCUCGGAGGCCAGCAUUCAGAAACUAAUAUGUCAGUCUUUUGCUGUAUUGAUCGAGGCAUCCAUGCACGAUCAUGGAUUCUGGGAUGUCAGCAAGCAACACGCUCAGUUUGAUCGACUCAUCUUUACACUCCUCUUGGAGGAAGAACGGCAGUCGAUCCGCAAGGAGAUUGCAGAUAACAUCGUUGUUGUCUGUGGUCCGUCUAAGUCGCGGAAGAAGUCCACGAGAGCCGGACGUGAUGACGCGGAAGGAGUGCAACAAUCGGAGAAUCCUACCUCUGUCGACAUCCUCGCGAUGCUCUGGGAGGCCUUUGUGCACAAUUUCCCGCUUACCGUUAAAUAUGCGGAGCAGUCUCAGGAGUUCUUCGACGUCGCUCUGACUGUUUUUCGGUCUGUUGCAGAGAGGUCGCCACGUGAUGUUGUCUUUGCUGAGUAUCUUACUUCAUGGAGCAAGAUCAUGCUUAGCCACAAGACAGAGGAGUUUGUUGGGCGGGAACCAGUCGAUCACGUCAUUCUGGGAUUCGCGCGCCUCUUGAGAUUGUGUCUCGAGAUAGCGGACCAGACUGACACUCGUAUCAACGCCUCGGAGCUCAUUGAAAGCCUCUUCAACAAUUACCUCUUCCCUGAUUUGUCUGCGCCCUCAGAGACUGAGGUGAUAACACCAAAAGUACCAAUAAUGCAUGAGGAGACGCGCGAAGAACUGUACAGGAUUCUUGGUUUGCUUUGCAAGUAUGUGGAAAACUAUGCAAAGGUUAUUGAGCUCGUCUCAGACCUUAUUCCGCAAGACUACACGUACUCCCCCAAUUGGACUUUCGAAAGAUCCAAGACGAUUCGGUCCCCUGAAGGCUAUGCAGGACUUAAGAAUUUGUCCAAUACCUGUUACUUGAAUUCUCUUUUCUCACAGCUCUUCAUGAAUGUUGGGUUCCGAGAGUUCAUGCUGCAGGUACCAGUCACGGAUCCGGACUCGUCGCAGAAGCUCCUCGCAGAGACGAAAAAGAUCUUUGGAAACAUGCAAGAAACGUGGUCCAAAUUUGUUGAUCCACAAGGCGCGGUUGACUCGAUACGGACUUACGACAAUGAGCCUAUUGACGUGACCAUCCAAAUGGAUGUUGACGAGUUCUACAACCUCCUCUUUGACCGAUGGGAAGCACAAAUAGUGGAUCCAGAAGACAAAAAACGCUUCCGCUCGUUUUAUGGGGGCCAGUUGGUUCAACAGAUCAAGUCCAAAGAAUGUUCUCACAUCUCGGAGAGACUGGAGCCAUUCUCGGCCAUUCAAUGCGACAUCAAAGGGAAAGCAAGCCUUGAAGACAGUCUUCAAGCUUACGUGGAGGGGGAGAUUAUGCAAGGAGAUAACAAGUAUUCCUGCACUCCAUGCGGGCGUCAUGUUGAUGCGGUGAAGAGGGCUUGUUUGAAAGAACUCCCUGACAAUCUCAUUUUCCACUUGAAGCGUUUUGAUUUCGACAUGGUCACCAUGAUGCGCAGCAAAAUCAACGAUGAGUUCCAAUUCCCGGAACGCAUUGAUAUGACGCCGUACAAAGUGGAAUACCUGUCGAAUCCCAACAACCCCGUGGAGCCCGACAUCUUUGAAUUGGUGGGCGUGCUGGUACACAGCGGCACAGCUGAAUCUGGCCACUACUAUUCUUACAUCCGUGAGCGACCGGUGGCUGGAUCAAAAAGAUCGUGGGUCGAAUUCAAUGACGCGGAUGUCAGCGCAUUCGAUCCAUCAAAGAUCGCGGAGCAGUGCUUCGGUGGCAUGAGCGAGUCUAUUCACGGAUCGUCUACCCGCUUUGGCAAGGUGUGGAACGCCUACAUGCUCUUUUACCAACGUGUAUCGAGCAUGGAAUCCGCCAAAGCAAUCUACAAACCCAGCCCUAAGAACACACCCGUCCGUGUUCCGUUGCCCGUUAGCCUUGGAAACCAUAUUGCGAUGGACAAUGAACUUUUUAUUCGCACAUACUGCCUCUUGGAUCCGUACCAUGCCUCCUUUGUUCGAUAUCUUCUAUCCCGCUCUCGAGAUUUUGUUUUGUCGGGGGCUCCAGGUGCCGCCAAGUUGGAAAAGUCGGCUAUCUUCAUUGCCUUGGAUACCUUGGAUCAGCUCAUUUCCCGAACGAGGGAACUAUCGGAGCUUGAUAGGGUUGUGGCUGAACUCAUUCGAACGAUAACUGACACGCCCAAGGGUGCCAUCGAAGUCAUUCAGUGGAUCACAGAGCGUCCCACAGGGAUGCGUAACCUGAUUUUGAAGACUCCUCAUGGUGCAGUUCGGAGCAACUCUGCGAGGAUCUUUCUUACUGCUCUGGCACGUCUGCAAGAUCUCCAAGAAGACCCGAAUUUGAGCGCUGUCGAGCAGCAUGAAUGGCAGACACGAUACUCGGACGCUUUUCGGACUGUAGUAGCAACGCUCAAAGAUCUGUGGUCUAUACUCCAUACGGCCAGUCGGUCAUGGGAUGACUAUUUUGACUUCCUGUGUAUGCUGACGAGCUUCCGAACCUCUCAAACUCGUGUCUUACUGGAUCACGGAUUCCUGCUCAAAUGCCUGGAAAUGGUCUGGCUUGAUCGAGAGGAUUCCAAGAAGCUGAAGAGGCAGUAUGCUGCAUACUACAGACUUAUCGAGAGAGGCCGCAAAUUUUCUCAUCGGAAACUCCUUGAUUUCCUCGUCAGUCUGCUGAGAUUCAUUGACCUUACUCUGCCGCCAACCCCGGAUGGUGAGCCUCGGACUGUCCACGAGGGCCGGUAUUCUCUGACGGAGUUGGAGAAUUCCUUCAUUCGACCGCUUGGCCGCAGCAAGGAACUUAUUGUGCUGAAGAAGAUUCUCCAGCAACACAGCAAUCCACCCGCCUGCAGAAACCUUAUGGGUCUCUUCCUUGACUCUGAGCCAGAAGCUGGACUCCUGGAUCCCAUUUGCAAGGUGCUGGAAGAUGGACUGAGAGUUGCGCCAGCGGCGCUUUGCGCUCCAUUCCUCGAAGCAACCUUGGUGUUUUGCAGGCGGAGUCCCGACGAAGACCAAAUUGUUGGCCUGAUCGAUUAUGUCGCCAAGGGAGUGGAAUCUAUCAACAAUAGCGGCGGGAAGGAGCAUCUUGCCUUUUUCACCAACCUGCUGUCAAUUCGCAACGAGCGGAUUGGCAAGGAUGAGGCCUGGUUCUUGUCGCAUGUUGUGGAACGGAUCCCCGAUUGGGCACCGACCUUGCUGAUUUACGUGGACAAGACGGUCCGAAACCUGACUUUUGACUUCUUGCGCCAGAUACUCUUCAACAAGGAGCAUGAAGAGAUGACCGACGACUGUCGGAUGUUCUACACCAAAGUCGCCAAGGACCUCACGCAGGCGUCUUUGGAUCGGUUGAGGAAGACGUAUCUGGUGACUCCUGGCCAGAAUAUCGAAGCCAAAGUUGUGGAGACCAUCAACCUUGUCAUCACUCACUGUUUGGAAACGUACUAUGAUGAGCAUGACGAGGAGGAUGCAGAUUUUCUGCAGCAAGCGGCAGCUAUCAGCAGCGCUAUUGAGGAACUGUGUGUGGAAUUGCCGGAGGAGUUGGCUUCAGAGUCUGAUUUUCCUUCUCCAGAAGACUGGGAGGACAACUCGAUGAUGGCGAGUGAUUCGGAACUUGGAUUGGCUGGAACACCAUAA